GCUCAACUUUAUUUUAGGCGCGCCGCUGCCUUGACUCUGUACUUUAUUGUGGCAACGUGUUUUACCCCCUUCCUCUGCUCUUCGCUGUUCUCUCCUGUUUUUCUGAUACCCAAAACCUUCCCUUCCAAAGCUUGACUUCGUCUCGCCAGCACCAUGAGCACAGAAACAAUCCUCAUCCUCGGCGGCUCCUACGCUGGCAUCAGCGCCGCGCACUACGCCCUGAAGCACACCAUCCCCCAGCUCCCCAAGGAAAACGACGUCACAUACAACGUAACUCUCGUCAACCCUUCCAAGGACCUGUACUGGCGCUUCGCGGCCCCCAGAGCGCUCGUGAGCAAGCAAAUGAUGCCGUACGACCAGAUCUUCUACCCCAUCGAACCUGCCUUCACAUACGCGUUUCCGAAAUUCAAAUUCAUCCAGGGCACAGCUACGCAUGUCGAUGCGGCGGGCCAGAGCGUGAGUGUGACGACCGUGGAGGGCGAGCAGAUGACGGUGAAUUAUGCGGCGCUGGUUAUUGCGACGGGGUUUACGACGCCGAGUCCGCUGUUUACGCAGGCGAACGACCGCGCAAGCUUGGAGGCGGUGUAUGAUGCGUUUCAGCAGGGGUUGAAGACUGCGAAGACGGUGGUCAUUGGCGGCGGAGGGCCCGUGGGUGUUGAGACAGCGGGAGAGGUUGCGGAGAUACUGAAUGGGCGGCCGGGCUUCAUGGGCGCGGGGCCGAAGAACCCGAAAGCUCAAGUCACUUUGGUAUGUGCGGAUAAGAAGCUGCUGCCCGUGCUGCGGGAAAGUAUUGGGAAGACCGCAGAGGGUUUUCUGAAGAAGCUUGGGUGCAGCGUCACGUACAACACACGCGUCGUCUCCGCAAUAAAGACGAGCAAAGAAGAGGGCGCGAAGACAAAGGUCGAGUUAUCGAACGGCGAGACAAUCGAAGCAGACAUCUACAUCGACGCCACCGGCUCACGACCAAACACUUCCUUCCUACCCAAGGAGUGGCUCGACAACAGAAACAGAGUGUCUUGCAACCCCAAAACCCUCCGCGUCGAACACGAGUCCGCCGGCCCGCGCGUCUACGCCCUCGGCGACGUCGGAUCCUACACGCGCGGCGGCGUGAUGGACCUCUCCCUCGCCGUCCCGGUCGUAAUGACAAACCUCAAACAAGACCUGCUCCGGCACCUCUCCGGCACCGUCUUCGCCGGCGACAGACACUACAACCCUAACUUGAAGGAACAGCAGAUCUGUCCGAUUGGCACGCAGAAAGGCGUUGGUGCGUUUAACGGGUUCAAGGUGCCGAGUCAGAUGGUAUGGAUGAUUAAAGGGAGGGAUUAUUUGAUCUCGCAACUUGCGCAGGGCACGCUGAGGGGCGAUCAGUGGAAGAAGGAGGGGAAGUGGACGCCGGUGCAGGAUUUUGGGAAGGCGGGAUUAAGUCAGGGGUGAGGUGGUGGAGGGCACGACGGAGUGUCGUGGUGAAGUUGUGGGUUUUUUUCCUAACUUAGUAGCUGAGCGUCCGGAUACCCUGGAGAUAUAAUAU